AUGAUUGAAGUAACAAUUUCAGUGAUCAAAUCAGAAAUAUCACAACUCGACACCGUUUGCGUUACUUGUGUAACCCAAAAGCCGUGUGCUACUUGCGUUCCGCAAGACGAAUGGGGACCAUGGGGACCGUGGAGCGAUUGCACAUUCAAAUAUGGCCUAUAUUCGCAAACAAGGCAGCGAGUCUGUACAUCAGGUCCAGGUAAAUGCACGGGUGGAAAUGGAGGUGGCGAAGAAGCUAUUCGAUGCUCACCACCCGCAACUACAACUCUGCAGCCGCUACCACAAUGGUCACAAUGGGGUCCUUGGGGACAAUGCAGCAAACUUGCUGCAACUGGAACGCAUGGAGUGAGUGGAGCGAAUGCUCUGUCACCUGUGGCUCUGGAUUUGAAUUACGAACAAGAACAUGCACCUGUAAUCAGCACGAACUAUGUAUCGAGGUGUAUGUUAGAAAUCCUCGGCGUUUCGUUUCACCGCGAGAAUUUAUACGGACUCAUUUUGGUUAAGAAACACUCAAAAAAUUCCGACUCAGUGCGAAAUGGAAGAGAAGAUGUGAGAUUUCAGUGUGCUGAAGGUGAAGGUAUUGAGCAACGAGCAUGUGAAAUGUCAAGUUGUGUUACAUGCGACACGUGUGCUUCGGUAACAACCCCAUCACCAUGCGGUAUUAACAAUCCGUGUCCAACACUUCAACCUUGUAAUAACUGUCAGAAUCCACCAACCAUUCCGACGAUACCAGUCGUUAAGACUGUUGAACGUUCAUCCUCAUCCUCAAACACUAAUUUUAUCCCAGUCAUUGGAUCCAGUCAAAACACAAACAUCAUAAACUCUGAAUACAACACAAGUGAGCUGAUAUUUCGAAAUGAAAAUUUCAAAAACAAAACAGUAGUUGUCAAUAGCACACAAUUUGGUGUUCAUUGA